UGAGUCUGGGAAUGCACUUUUUGUUGAGCAACUUCUGAGAAACGGCGCUGACCCGGAUAUGAGAGACUCAUCCGGAUCUACGCCGCUGUGGAGAGCCGCGCAGACUGGACAUUUGGCUAUUGUUCAGCUACUUCUCCAGUACCCUGUUGAUGACAGCACCCUGCUGUUGGCCGUUGAGGCUGGCACCUGUGGUGGCAGGAGACGCGAUGACUUGGUCGGGUUGCUCAUCUCGCACGGGGCUCUCGGCGCCAUUACCGGCUCUGACGGGCACAGCGGCAACCGCAAUGACCAGGAACUCGCCUGGUGGAGGCACACACUCGUGGGGGAGUGGGCAGGGAGCUACAACUAUCAGCCGGCUUCGAGCGCGGAGCCCAUGGGAUUCCGCGUCGGUCAGGUCUUCAGGGAGGCUCCCAGCGUGCUGAGGAAGGGCCUCAUCUUGUUCUCCGGCGGCGGUGAGGAUACCGUUGCCCCGUUUGUCGUCUAUGGCCAGGUGCUGCCCGGAAGAAGUGUCCGAUUCGUGAAGCUGUAUCCCGAGUUUGGGUGGACGUAUCAGGGCAGGAUCGUGGGAGACGAAGGCGGUGGGUGGUGUCUGCAAGGCCAAUGGGGGAAGCAAUACAGCGGACCGCCUGGCGGGCACUUUAUGUUAAAAUCGUGGUCCAGAAAUCUGCAAACGUUGUACUAAGAAUCACUAAAAAUGACGAUAGACUUUCAUAAUAGAAUGAACUUUAUGGCAUAUCUUG